AUGGCCGUCGGCCCGACCUCGUGGGUCGGGCACCCGCGCAUCAAGGGCAGUAAUGAAGUGAUGCAAAUGGCACUCCUAACCACAGCCGGCAUAGGACUCUCCUUCUGCUGGGGCACUGAAAUGACAUAUGCGACUCCCUACCUCCUCUCCCUCGGGCUCAGCAAGACCGGACUCUCUCUCGUAUGGGUAGCUGGACCGCUUUCCGGGCUCGUGAUGCAGCCCAUCAUCGGCAUGAUCAGUGACAAGAGCACGUCGCAGUUUGGCAGACGUAGACCUUUUAUGUUGGCUGGAGCGCUGGCGGUGGUGGUGUGUAUGAUGGUGCUGGGGUGGACGAAGGAGCUUGUGGCGUGGUUUGUGCAGGAUGUGGAGGGUAGGCGACGCAUCUCCAUAUGGGUCGCCGUAGUCGACAUCUAUGUGCUUGACUUUGUCAUCAAUAUCUCGCAAUCAACUUGCAGAGCGCUUGUCGUGGAUGCUUUGCCCGUCGAGAAGCAGCAGCUCGGGUCCGCUUGGGCCAGCAGGAUGGGUGGGCUUGGUAACAUGCUCGUCUACGCUAUCGGCGCGCUGGAUUUGAAUGCGCUCUUCGGGAACUUCCUGGGCGAUACUCAGUUCAAGAAGGUCUGUGCCAUAGCAGCAUUCGCCAUGAUCGUCGCACAAGGCACCACAUGCUGGGCUGUCACGGAACGGGUCCUGGUUGCCGACGUCAGUAAGGACGUCAGCAAAGGCGAGAGUUUAUUCUCCGUAUUGAAACAGAUAUACAUGACGACACUAAAUUUACCAGACCGAAUACGCGCCAUCUGCAUGGUGCAGUUCUGGUCGUGGAUCGGCUGGUUUCCCUUCCUCUUCUAUGGAAGCACAUGGGUCGGCGAGAUCUACUUGCGCAAUCAAGCACCCACUUCAGAGAGUGACGCUUUGACAGACGUAGGUCGAAUAGGCAGUGUUGCCUACAUCGUCUUCGCAAUCAUCAGCUUUGCGGCCUCGAUUGUCUUACCAUGGCUCGUACGAAGUCCCGAGGACGACGAAAGCCCCAGGUACACACCUCGCCCGCCCGAAGGUCUCGGGUCCAUGCUUGCAAACAUGAAGGUUGCCAAGCCAACUCUACUGACCACUUGGAUGCUGGCCAAUGUGAUGUUCUUCACAGCCAUGAUUUUCGCACCAUUUGUGCGCUCUGCCGGCUUCGCUACCGUAGUCAUAGCACUAUGCGGUAUCCCGUGGGCGAUCGCAGGAUGGGCGCCUGGCACGUUCCUGGGGGUCGAGGUCAACAAGAUGAGCUCAACAAUACCUCUCGCCAACGGCCUGCGUGGCGCGUACAGACGACCGUCGAAUGGAUCGAUUGAGCUGGAAAGCCGAGUGUCGUCACAUUCGUCGCAGUCGUCGUCACACUCUUCACAACACUCAUCACCGCGCACCUUGCACUUGAGGCAUGAUUCGAAUGCGUCAAGCGCCAACAACGCAUCAACGGGCGAACUCUCGGGUAUCUACCUUGGUAUACUCAACAUCUACACGACAUUACCGCAGUUCGUGGGCACGGGUAUAAGCUGGGUUGUGUUCUCGAUCCUAGAACCGGGGAAGAGUCCUGAGUUAGCGAAGGAGGCACAUCCGGACGAACAUCACUCAACAGAAGGUGUGAGCGGCAUCGCCGUCUGCUUGUUCAUUGGUGCAAUCAGUGCGAUGGGGGCUGCAUGGGCGACUCGGAAGCUAAAGACAUAG